UACUUUUUACGUCAGCCAAAUUGGUUCAAUUAGUCAGGAAACAAUGCGGACGUUCUUUUGGGGCGGAAACUAGGAGGUCCGCCUGAACCUCCUUUUUUAAUAAUCCUUGACAAAGCACUCUCAAAAUCCAUUUCAGAUUAAACAUACUGCUACUUUGCCGGAGACAAUGGUCGUUGCGCAGCGCGUGCUCAUAACAGGCGGUAACACCGGAAUAGGAUUUGAGGCAGCCCGGCAGCUCCUGCAGCGUGGCCACCAUGUCAUCAUCACCUGCCGAGAUGCCAAUAAGGCGAAAAAAGCUGUCGAUGCCCUAUCGCCUGUGGCUGAAGCCAGCGGCGCAACGGUGAAGUCCGCGCUGAUUAAUCUAGCAUCGCUAUCCAGCGUCAGGACCGGCGCAGCGCAGCUGCUCAAGGAGCACCCCAGGCUGGACGUGUUGUGCUGCAACGCGGGUAUGCUGUGCAGGGCCGACAGCUCUGCUCCCCUGGAGCGCACUGAGGACGGCCAGGAACAAACCCUGCAGGUCAACCACCUAGCCCACUUCCUACUGGUCCACCUGAUGCUCCCAGCACUACUGGCCUCACCUGCUGCACGAGUCGUGGUAGUGUCUUCAGAGCUGCACCGCAAAGCUACAGCCGCCACAGGCGGUGGCGGCGGCGGCGGUAGCAGCACCACCCCGCAAACUACAUCACAGAUGGCGUCUCUGCCCGUGCCCCUGGCAUCGCCGGAAUGGAUUACGCGCCUCGGCGCCAGCGCCAGCGCCGGCGCCAGCGGGGGCGGCGGCGGCGGCGGCGGCGGCGGCACCGGUGCAACUGGCGCGAUGCCGCGGCCGACGGGUUUCCAACUUUACUGCACUUCCAAGCUGUAUAACUUGUGGUUCGUGUACAAGCUGGCAGGCAUGCUGCCGGCGUCGGUCAGAGUAAACGCGGUGACGCCGGGUUGGGUGCCUGGUACGGCACUGGGCCGCGACAUGCCGUGGAUGGCGAGGCUGGCGUACCAGUACGUCUUUCCGCUGCUUCCGGGCACCACCUCCGUAGCUGAGGGCGCCCGGCGGGUGGUGGAGGUGUGCGUCGGGCAGCAGGCGGGCGCUGCAGUGACCGGCACCUACUUCUCCAGGGGCGUACCCACGGAGAGCAGUGCGGAGAGCCGGGACGAGGAGGCGGCAGAGGCGCUGUGGCGAUUGUCAGAGCAGAUCACGGGUGUGAAGCCGGGGGGCUACGUGCGGACUACGUUGCCGCAGGAGGCGGAGACGACUGCUGCUGCUGUAUCGGACUUCUCAACAAAAUCUCUGUCGGACCUUGAAAGGCUGCCGCCAGCCAGCGAUGAAGCGUCUUCUUCAUCGUCAUCGGCAGCUCAUGCGAACACCCCGCACCUGCACACGGUCUUGCGAGUUCAGCAAGGGUUUAACACAUUUGCUGUUGCCACCUUCACGUUCUACGCACCACCGACAGAGCCGGGGGAAGCUGCUGCCGCGGCCCUCGGGUCUGCCGCACAGCAUGCAGCGCAGGUAGGGCUGCUGGCCCUCCGGGGAGCCUUGGGCGCCUCCAGGCCGCCCUCGGCCCUGGUUGUACUGCCGUCCCUGGAGUUGCCUAAGCAGGCAGUGGAAGUGCUCACGAAAACGCUGGCAGAGGGGCUGAUGGAGGGCGGCCCGCCGCCGUCACUGCGGCAGGGAGGGCUCCAGGGAGGGCCGGCGACGGCGGCUGCGGCGCCGAUUGUAGGCUGUAGCUCCCGAUUGAGGUUGCCAGACGAACGACGAGCUGUAGCAGAAUCUGAAUUAGCAGCAGCAGCAGCAGCAACAACGCCAGCAACAGCCGGUGACGGGAUGGCCGCUCCAAACCAGCGCCAUGACCAUCCCCGCCGUUUCCACGUCACGUUGGCAGCAGUCCACCUGCCGGAUUAUGAGGUGGUUGCAAUCCGUUGCGAAACGGCGCUCCAGGGACGGCGGCCCCCUGCCUUUUUGCUCAUGGCGAAGUCCGACUCGAUGGCAGGAGAGCUGCUGACACGACUGGAGGGCCCCUUCCAACGUAUGCUACUGGAUCGCGACGGUGGCGCAACAGCCACAGCCAGCGGCAGUAGCAACAGCACCAGGGGCAGUAGCAGUAGCACCAGCGGGAGUAAUGGCAGCAGUAGCAGUAGGAAUGGCAGCGGCAGCAAUGCCGGCGGCGGGCGGCGGCGGCGGCCGGCGCCAGGGGCUACAUCCGCGGGCCGCGGUACAGUUGGCGACUCUGGCGCUGGCGGCGGCGGCGGGGCUAGCGGCAGCGGCGGCGGCGGGGCUGGCGGCGAUAGAACCCAGCGGUCGCCGUCGCUUGCGGCCUCCGCCGUCGAGGAUGCCGACGCGGGGGCGGAAGCUGCAACUGCGGUCCAUAUGGCCGAGCUACAGCUGCCGUACGUAAUUGUUGGCGAUCAAGUUCAUGGGGACGGCGGCGCGCUGCUGGCGGUGUACCCAAAACAGCCUGCUGCCGCAAUAACCCCCUCCUCCUCCUCGUCCUCCUCCGCCUCGUCCCAUUCCGACCUCCGUUUGGGCGCUACGGCGUGUGAUCUAUUUGCUCGGUUGGCUCUGGGCAGCGACCACCUGCAUCAUGUCGUACUGUGGGGCUCCUCAUCGACCGCCAUCUCCCCCCCCUCGACGGGACCUGAGCCCGUCGCCCCCCUCCCAGCCGCCCCCGACAACCCCUUCUACUGGGCCCCGGCUCGAGUAGACGCACCGGGCCACGGAGUCAUCCUGUUUCCCGGACAGACAAUUCAGCUUCGGGUCUUCGAGAAGCGCUACCGGCUGCUGGUGCGGGCGUGUGUGGAAGACGGCGCCGCAUUCGGGCUGUGCUGGCGGGGUGUGGGGACAACGGCGGUGGUGCGCAGUUAUCACGCUCCGGAACACGGCACCGGUGACGUGCUGGUACUCCUGGAGGGUGGUGUGCGCUUCAGUUACGACCCGGAAGAUAUUGCCGUACUGCCGGCGUCGUACGGCCUCAACGCAGCCACACGGGCGGAGUACGUUGUGGACGACCCCCCAGACAGUGAAGAGGACGCGGCGGCGCUGGUGGCGGCGGCCCAUUUGGUCAUAGAUGCCGUUGCGGGAGUGCUGGAGGAAUCAACGACCCCUUCCGUACGGCAAACCGCUCGGACCUUCGCCAACGCACUCCAUUUUGCCAGUAGCAACAGUAGCAGUCCUGGUAGCAGCAUGGCAGUAGCCGCCCAGUCGCCCUCCGCCGCCGCCGCCGCCGCCACAACCACCGCCUCCCCAUCGCAACCUGCACACCCACAACAACAGCAGCAGCAGCAGCAGCAGUCUGAGCCGCAGCCCAGCCAAGGCAACGGCCCCAUCACCACCACCGCUGGCGGUAGCGUCGUUAGCAGUAGCAGCAGCGGCAGCAGCAGCAGCGGUGGUGAAUCUGCCAGUGCUGGUGGUGCUGGUGGUGCUGGUGGCAGUAGUGGUGGUGGUGAUGCCGCUCUGCUAGCUGGGGAUCUGUCCGAGGCCAAGCGGGUCAUGGACGCGGAGACGGCUUCUCUGUUGUCGCUGUACCUGGCCCCGCACAUACCCGUACAUUUAGAGUCCCUAAGGCGGGAGUGGUUCACCAGCCGCAGUGCGUUGUGGCGUCUUCAACAGGAGGCGGCCUGGUUGAGGUCCCGGCCCCGGGUGGCCAUGGCUGUCGCGAGCAGUGUGCUGAGAUUACCUAGGGAGCACCCGCUCAGGGUGAUGAUGGGUCUGACAAGGGUGGCCGUGGAGGGGGGUGGAUGA